AUGAAGCCUUCAGAAAGCUCAAGUACCCCUGCGACUGAUGCGGUUUGUUCAGACCAAGCCGAACUCGGAGUGGAUGAUACCGGGAUACCAGAGUCUUUAGCUACCGCGGCUGAAGCAUUGAUGGUGAUGACGAGGUCAUGUGCGGAAGCGGAUGCAAGAUCUCGGACUCCUGUAGACCAGUCUGGAUACCAGAAUGAACGUUGGAGGAGAAUCAAGGUUCACCAAGACGAAGACUUGUGGAUCCAACAAAUGAAGAAGGUCCUAAGAGGAGACGUGUCAGAUCUCCCCCGGAAUCAGGUGAAGAAGAUUGCGAAGAUCUCUGAUCAGUUUGUAUUAGAUUCGCGAGAAGUCCUCUACAGGCUGAGCACACCCACUCCUGAGAGACCUCGCAACAAACAGUCGGAACUCAGGCUGGUAGUCCCAGAGACUUUAUGUGCCGAUAUGUUACACUACUCGCACAAAGACUUUCAAGGCGGCCACCAAGGAAUCAACAGGACGUUUGAACGAUUACGUUCAGAGUUCUACUGGAUCGGGAUAUACGCUGAUGUACAGAAGUUCAUUGAGCGUCAGCCAAUGGGCGACCACCGGUCCUCGGUCCGUCACCUGGCAAUAUUGAACCGACAUAUCCGUUCGAGGUGGACUCUGUGGAUUUUGUCACUGAGCUACCUGAGUCCGAUUGUGGAAAUACCUACUUGUUGCUGUUCCAAGAUCAAUUCUCAGGAUAUGUCAUGUGUAAACCCAUGCGGAAUACCGAAGCCCAAGGUGUUGCUGAGGCAUACGAAGAGUGCGUAUUCAGAAGAUUUGGGGUAA